AAGGAGUUGAGCUUCGGUAGCCGGGGAGCUGGAGGGGGACCUGAUUUGAGAUCAAUUCUUGGAGAACACAAAGAAGUGUGGUGGGUUGAACCAGCUGCCCUUUGACCCUGCCAACAACAACGAGCCCCUGCAGUUUGGCAGUACCAGUGGCCCUCUGGUCACAGAAGGCCUCAUUGAGAAUGGAGGGGAGUCAAGCAAGAAAAGAAAGAGAACAAAUGCUCCUUCAGCUGAUAAUAGUAGAACUCUGAAUGUGGAUUCCACUGCAAUGACACUACCUAUGUCUGAUCCAACUGCAUGGGCCACAGCAAUGAAUAAUCUUGGAAUGGCACCGCUGGGAAUUGCCGGACAACCAAUUUUACCUGACUUUGAUCCUGCUCUUGGAAUGAUGACUGGAAUUCCACCAAUAACUCCAAUGAUGCCUGGCCUGGGAAUAGUACCUCCUCCAAUUCCACCAGAUAUGCCAGUAGUAAAAGAGAUCAUACACUGUAAAAGCUGCACACUCUUCCCUCCAAAUCCAAAUCUUCCACCUCCUGCAACCCGAGAACGACCACCAGGAUGCAAAACAGUAUUUGUGGGCGGCCUGCCUGAAAAUGGUACAGAGCAGAUCAUCGUGGAAGUGUUUGAGCAGUGUGGAGAGAUCAUUGCUAUUCGGAAGAGCAAAAAAAACUUUUGUCACAUUCGCUUUGCUGAGGAGUACAUGGUGGACAAAGCCCUUUAUCUUUCUGGUUACCGCAUUCGCCUGGGCUCUAGCACUGACAAAAAGGACACAGGUAGGCUUCAUGUUGAUUUUGCACAGGCUCGAGAUGACCUGUAUGAGUGGGAAUGCAAACAGCGUAUGCUUGCAAGAGAGGAACGCCACCGUAGAAGGAUGGAAGAAGAAAGGUUGCGCCCACCAUCCCCACCUCCAGUGGUCCACUAUUCAGAUCAUGAAUGCAGCAUUGUUGCUGAAAAACUAAAAGAUGAUUCCAAAUUCUCAGAAGCCGUGCAGACCUUGCUCACCUGGAUUGAGCGAGGAGAGGUGAACCGUCGCAGCGCCAACAACUUCUACUCCAUGAUCCAGUCGGCCAACAGCCACGUGCGCCGCCUGGUGAAUGAGAAAGCUGCCCAUGAGAAAGACAUGGAAGAAGCAAAGGAGAAGUUUAAGCAGGCCCUUUCUGGAAUUCUCAUUCAAUUUGAGCAGAUAGUAGCUGUGUACCAUUCUGCAUCCAAACAAAAGGCUUGGGACCACUUCACAAAAGCCCAGCGUAAAAACAUCAGCGUUUGGUGUAAACAAGCUGAGGAAAUUCGCAACAUACAUAAUGAUGAAUUAAUGGGAAUCAGGCGAGAAGAAGAAAUGGAGAUGUCUGAUGAUGAAAUAGAAGAAACAACAGAAACAAAAGAAACUGAGGAAUCAGCCUUAGUAUCACAGGCAGAAGCUCUGAAAGAAGAAAAUGACAGCCUCCGUUGGCAGCUUGAUGCCUACCGGAAUGAGGUGGAACUGCUAAAGCAAGAACAAGGCAAAGCCCACAGAGAAGAUGACCCGAACAAGGAACAGCAGCUGAAACUCCUGCAGCAAGCCCUGCAAGGAAUGCAACAGCAUCUACUUAAACUCCAAGAGGAAUACAAAAGGAAAGAAGCUGAACUUGAAAAAAUCAAAGAUGACAAGUUACAGGUGGAAAAAAUGUUGGACAAUCUUAAAGAAAAGGAAAGCUGUGCGUCUAGACUGUGUGCAUCGAGCCAGGAUAGUGACUACCCUCUGGAGAAGACCCUGAACAGCUGUCCUAUCAAAUCUGAACGCGAAGCACUGCUAGUGGGGAUUAUCUCCACAUUCCUUCAUGUCCACCCAUUUGGAGCAAGCAUUGAAUAUAUCUGCUCCUACUUGCACCGUCUUGAUAAUAAGAUCUGUACCAGUGAUGUGGAAUGUCUCAUGAGCCGACUCCAGCAUACCUUCAAGCAGGAAAUGACUGGAGUUGGAGCCAGUCUGGAGAAGAGAUGGAAAUUCUGUGGCUUUGAGGGCUUGAAACUGACCUGAAUCCCUUUGCCUGGCAACCUGGGAUCCUGAAAAUAAAAAACUUCUCUUCACAUUAAUGUUGCUACUGGUGAGAGGAAUGAGAGGAGCACUAGGGACUCCAGAGCUGACAUUGUCUUUCCAAUUCCCAGUAGGCCAGUAAGUGAAUAACACGUCAGUGUCUUCUAGAAGGUGCUUGACCAGGUUCACCUUUUAAAAGACAAAGCAUGGUUUGUGGCUUUUUACAAAAUUACUGUGAACGAAAAGUUGACAAAUGUUUCAAAGUUAUUUUCUCUAAUAUAUCAGAUAAAAGGUUUAUUUCAGAAUUUUUUAAAAACUAGAUGUAUUCACAGAAAGCAAGUGUCCAGUAUGACUGGCAUGUGUAUGUGGUAUUCAGAAUCACCUUGUAAAUAGCCUGCUUUUAAAGGAGGGCAUGUUUAGUUUUCUAUGAAUUAAAACACACGUGUGUGCUCACACACACACACACACACACACACAUUAGCAGAAGGGAUUUAUUUUGAUAUGCUUCCCCUCUGGUCUUCUUACAAAGUCUGGUGGUCCCUUUUCUUCUGCUGUCAGUGUGUUGAAUUGCAAACCAUGUACUGCUGUAAAUACUAUGUUUACUUCAUGCUGAAUGUCUGCAAAGAGUUGAUAUGAGUAUUAAUAGAAAAUUCCUGGUAAUGAAUAAAGAGUAGGCUAGGGUGUGUGAAGCUUUGCACAAAUAGGUCGGCUCCACCCGGAGUGCUAAGAACUGGGACCCCUCUAGUUCUUCGGUGCCCAUCAGCAGAUUACAAUGGCAGAGUGUGCGUGGACCAGUCAGGAAGUCCUGGUUGAUGGAAAUGGAAAGGAUGAGAACUGGGGACUAAUGUCCUGAGGCAGAGAUGGUCUUUUCUUCUGUGGUGUUGGUGGUGCUUGUAAUAACAUAAGCAUGCCCUCCCUUGAGUCUUGAUUGAAAAUAAGUGAAUGUACUAAGCAAAGCCAGUGAAGGGUAUUUCACAAAAAUACUAUGUAAAUCAGAUGUCAGUAGUGUUCAAAGUUGUAUUUUUUAAAGAUAAAUAUUCCUUUUUUAUACCUCAGUUUGGUGUCCUGUUUUGAAUUGCUUGCUCUCUAAGUAAUCCUUUAGUAAAUCAUCUCAAUUUCUUCCCUUGAGUUACCAGAAUAUUGGAAGAAGAUGCUAAACACCUUCUGCUUUGACAGCUAGAAACAGGAUUCCACAGCAGCCCAUUCAUGCUGAAAGCUGGCUUCCCCCUAAGCAACCAGCUGUGGCACCAGCAGGAAGCGAGGGUUAUUUUUACAGUAGCUUCCUCACUGAAGCAUCUCUGUCAUCAGCGCUACAGAAGGCUUUGAUUCAUCAGUCUCAGGGGUCGUGCAAUGCCUUGUUUUAAUAACACCUAUGAAAUCAGGGGAAAUUUGCCACUUAUCAAUGAUUUCUUAUUUAAAUAAGUUAAAUAAAAUGCAUUUAAAGCAACAACUGCCACACCCAGGCCCUUUGCUCUCCUUCACUUGAUCUACUUGUAGUACAAAUGCUCUCUUCCUAUUAUUCCUGCCAACUUAGUCCAGGUGUACUUCUCCCAGCCUGCUUGAAUAUACUAGUUGUAAUGGUGAAUUUUGUGUGUCAAGUUGGCUACACUGUAGUGCCCUGUUGCUUGGUUGAAUACCAGUCUAGAUGUUGCUGUGAAGGUAUUUUUGAGAUGUGAUCAACAUUUAAACCAGUAGACUUUGAGUG